AUGUCAACACCAGGAAUGUUUGACUAUCUCAAUGACGAGAUGGAAAACUCAAAGAAUAACCAUAUUGUUGUGACGGAUGGUGGUAAUUCUACUUUUUCAGUAACAAGAGUGGGAUUGGGUUCACAAGAAACUAAAGCACCACCAAAAGUCGAUCAUUAUGUUCUUCAAGAGAAUAGUAUCGAGGGGGAAGAAAUUAAACCAAAAUCGUAUAGCAAAUCAAAGCUUAGGGGUACGCCCGAUUAUAGUUUUUUUAGAGAACAACAACAAGCAAUGGAUCAACAAGCACAAAUAAAAGAAGUUAAAACUCAAAAUAGAAGACCACCAACUUUAAUAUCACCACCUGAAGGUAGUGACAUCAAUCAUCCAAUUAAAGAAUUUGAUAAAUCAUUUUCAAAGGGAUGUUUAGGAGCCGAGGUCCCUAUUUUUUUAAUUCAUAUCAAUGAGGGUCAAACAUUAAAAAGGGUAUCUUCUGCUGGUAGUAAUGGUCGACAAUCAUCAACACUUGAUUUUACAAUGAAAGGACCAAUCGUUUUUUGUUUACAUAGAGUAAUAUUUAGAACUUGUAAUUUUACUACUCCUCUAGAAUUCGAAAUUUCAUAUAAAGAAUUAACUUUAGUCAAAGUAACAAAAUCAAUAACAAAUAAAUUCGAUUUACAAUUCGAAAUUCUAUUUGAUAGAGGAACCUCUUACCUACAUAAUGAAUCUCCUCCAAAAUCAAAUACACUCAAUGGUGGAUCAUUUACAUUUAUCUCACAAGAUAAGAAUUUUAAUGCAGAUUGGAAAUUUUAUCUUGAUAAAUGUGCAUUAAAAUAUAAUAGCAGUGUUGGUGGCGGUAGUAGUAGUAGUAAUAGUAUUAUUAGUAGUAGUAGUAGUAGCGGUAGUAUUAUUAGUAGUAGUGGUGAUAUAAUAAAGCCAGAUGCAGUAGAUAUUUAUAAACGAUUAAGACGUUUAGAAAAUUCUCCAUCCGAAAAAACUAAUAAUAUAGGGGGUAGUAAUAUUACAACUAUCAAAGAUUUGAAGAACAACAACAACAAUAAUAAUAUUAAUAGUAAUAAUAAUAAUAAUUAUAAAAAUUUUACUAGUUAUUCAAAUAAUAAUUAUAGAUCAAUUAAAAAUACAUAUGGUGUACCAGUAUCUACUAUAAAGGACACAUUUUCAGAUGAUACACUUUCAGACUGGGAUAAACCAAUAACAACAAUAACAAAACCUACAACAAUAACAACGAUAUCAAAACCAAGAAAAGAGAAAUUGGCCGUUGAUGGUGAAGAAAUUGUUAUGGUUUAUCCUGAAACUCAAGAGAAUAAUAAAAUGUCACAAGUUAAAAUCAUUAGAAAUGAUAUUAAACGUUUGGAACCUGGAGAAUUUUUAAAUGAUUCAAUCAUAGAAUUUUAUUCAAUGUAUAUUAAAGAUAAAGUCUUAACAGAGGAACAGCGUAAGAAAUACUUUUUCUUUAAUAGUUUUUUUUAUAAACUUUUCACAAAUGAAGAUAAUGAAAAUUUAGCUUAUGAAGAUGUUAAAAAAUGGACUGGUAAAGAAGAUUUAUUUUCAAAAGAUUUUAUUUUUGUACCAAUUAAUUAUGCAGCACAUUGGAGUUUAAUGAUUAUAUGUUAUCCAGGUGCAGAUAAAGUUGUUGGUGAAUAUGAAAAAAGUCCAUGUAUGAUUUAUUUAGAUUCAUUAUUUAAAAGACCAGGUCAAUUUGCAAAUAAAUUAAGGAAAUAUUUAACAUUGGAAUGGAAAAAUAAGAAAGCAGUGGAUGGUGUUACACCAUUGAGAGAAUUUAAUCAAGAUAAUUUUCCAUAUCAUAUUUCACAUCUUCCACUUCAAAAUAAUGGUUCAGAUUGUGGUGUUUAUCUUUUGCAUUACUUGGAGCUAUUUUGUAAGGAACCAGAAACUAGCUUUAAAAAACCUUUGGAGAGACCCGGUUGGUUCUCUGCCUCUGCAAUUCAUAGAAAGAGGAGAGAAAUUAAAAAGUUAAUCUAUGAAAUUCGUUCAAGGCAAUACCCAAAUGCUAGAUCAUUGGAAGAGGAGGAAAAGUUUGAUUUAAUUUAUAGAUCUGGUGCCCCAAGUACAAAUAAUAUCAAUGGCAGUAAUAAUAAUAAUAAUAUUAAUAAUAUUAAUGGUGUAAAUAUAAAUAAAAAUAGUGAUGGUUUCGGUAAUGGUAGUAUUGGUUAUCAAUUAGGUGGUGCAUCACAAAUGGAUUCAAGCAGUUUGGAAAUUAUUGAUGAAACUCCAACACCUCAAAAAUACAAACUAAAGAGUACUGAUAACAUUUUAAACGAUUCAACAGAAGAUUUUGGUUUUAAUGAUUCUGAUAAUGAUAGUAAUAAUAAUAAUAAUAAUAAUAAUAAUAAUAAUAAUAAUAAUAAUAAUAAUAAUAAUAAUAAUAAUAAUAAUAAUAAUAAUAAUAAUAAUAAUAAUAAUAAUAUUGUUAUUAAAGAUAAAAAAGAAAAGGAUAAAAUUAAUGAUAAAACUAUAGUUGAUGAAUUUGAUGUUGAAGAUAAGACUAUCAACACAAAAGAUUCAAGUAGUUUUGAUUUAAAUAAUAAUGUAAAUAAACAACAAAAACAACAACAACAACAACAAGAUGAUCUAGAACAAUCAAAACAAUCGCCAUCACUCAGUUCUAGUUCAAAUAGUAGUCGAUUACCAGGUAAAAAGAAAUUUCAACCAGCCUCAACAAUAUCGGUUAGUAAAAACUUUAAUAAUGAAAAAGGUAGUGGUAGUGGUAGUAGCAGUAGUAGCAGUAGUAGUAGCGAAAGUGAUGAUUGCGAUAAAGGCAAAAAACCAAAGAAGAAAGAAAGUGGUCAAUUCAUUCAAAAUCGUACCAUUAAGGGUAGAUUACCAAGUAAUGAAACAAAGAAAAGGGAUAGAAAUUCUUCUAGUGAUGAAGAUAAUCGAAAAUCAAAAUCAUCAAAAAAGAAAUCUGAUUCUCUCUCUUUGAAAUUAAAACAAGAAUUGGGUGAUAAUGAAAAAAAUAGUUUAUUUGAGGAUUUUUCAGUCCCACCAGUGGGUAGACAUGAAAAGAAGAAUAUUGUUUCAAUUGGUGGUGUUUACUCCGAAGAUCUCGAUGCCUCAAUUGAAGUUGAUUCUCUUAGUCAAGACGAAUGA